AUGGCUGGGAUUUGCUGCCAUUCGCUGCAAUUUGCUUUGCUCGGCGCCGCGCUCUCUCAUUUCGAGGGCCUAGAGCUGGAGCUAGCGAGCGAAACAGGUGACGAAGGCCGCACUUCUCGUCCCGCUAUUCGCUCCGCUUGGACUGGAUGCAUCGCCGCACAGACGGGCAUGUACUCGUACAUAGUACAUGGGGCGUCAACCCGAAUGCCACUUGCUGAUGCAAAAGUGAGCUACCUGUCAGUCCAGCAAGCACUAUCUUGGUACAAGCAAAACCUCGACGCCGCAAUGGAGCAAGCCCCAGCCUUUUGUUACGGCCGACCCCAUGCGCAAAGCCGGUGGUCCGCCGACAGCGCUUCUCCAGUUGGUCUCUGUCCACGACAAACGAUCCAUUUGCGUCUCGGUCGCUGUCUAGGUGCCCAUUGUGGCUCUUGUGUGCGCUACGGCAUGACUACAUCUACCCGAGGCUACGUGAAAACGAGGAAGCCAUUGCAGUCAAUGGCAAGGCAAGACAGGAGAAGCAAGCAAGUGCUGAUUGUCCCGGACGAGCAUGUCUUCGAUCCCUUUCUGACCACCAUCCUGUCUCCGUACCUUGCAUGUACUCGCCGUUGGGCAAACGGAGUCGCCCAGCGGUUGAAUAUACCCGCGACAGCAAGCCCCACGCUAGGAGCCCGCUCAUCAGCUACGAGUAGGGUCAAGGGAAAAGGGAAAAACAGGCUUGACAGGGUUGCGUCCGUGGCUGUACAGUGUGUCAUCCAACUCCCACAGGCGCCUGCAUUAUCAGCGUUAAGGGCAUGCUUCCUUUUUCGACAGGGAUGCCGCUCUUGCUCCCUGCUGCGAUUCGAUCCCUUGGAGGUCUUUGCGUCAUGGCCUGGCAACCCAGGCAGAUCAGCCACUCAGACUUGCAAAACCUCGCGAGCCUUGCAACCUUGCAACCCAAGCCAGCUCAUCGACGGUCAAUCUCUGAGCCUAGAGAUUGGAACCGGCCGAAGAGACGUCAUCGUGGCCAAGUUUGGCCUUGGAAGAGAGCUCGCCAAAGCAGGCUGCGCGAAUGCUGCAGUGCAGUACAUAAAGGCACAUGUACUUCUACCCGACGCCGUGUUGGCUCUGGAGCCUCGCCCGAAAUCCCAAUUUGCAGGCGACAAGUCAUCGCUGCAUUGGUACUGUGACCUCCCAUUGCAUUGCUCCGUGCUGUGCUACGACACGUUGGACAUGCCCGCCUGUGUCAUGCUGUGCCUGGUGGGUGACAAGGCCUGCCGCGUCUUUCUACGCGCCGUCUUCUUUGCGCAUUCCUUCGAGCUCGGGGUUCUCCAAAGCCCCCAUGGCCUUUCGACUUUGCCAGCAACAUUGUAUCAGGACGAAUCCCCAUCCGAUCAGAGCAGCUUUUCGCUGGCCAGCACAACGCCCGCUUCGGAUAAGCAUCAUGCAAGCAACCUAACCAAGAUACUCUCCGCCAAUCCUUGA